AUGGCUCUAAAAAGAAUAAAUAAAGAAUUACAGGACAUGACAAAGGAUCCUCCUUGUGGUUGUUCCGCUGGGCCUGUUGGUGAUGAUUUAUUUCAAUGGCAAGCAUCGAUAAUGGGACCACCUGACAGCCCAUAUCAAGGAGGUGUUUUUUUCCUUACAAUUCAUUUUCCUACAGAUUACCCUUUCAAGCCUCCAAAGGUUGCUUUUACAACGCGAAUAUACCAUCCAAACAUAAAUAGCAAUGGAAGUAUAUGCUUAGAUAUUUUAAGAUCACAAUGGUCACCUGCACUAACAAUCAGUAAAGUUUUGCUGUCAAUUUGUUCAAUGCUGACUGAUCCCAAUCCUGACGAUCCACUUGUCCCUGAAAUUGCCAAACUGUACAAAACAGACCGCACAAGAUACAACCAACUGGCCAAAGAAUGGACUGGGAAAUAUGCUAUGUAA